CACGUCCAUCCAACACCCGAGCAAACUCUGUUUGGCCACUCUCUCUCCUCUCUUUGGCCUCUAUCGCUCGCUCUCGCCGCUCCAACUGCUCUCUGGAUCUCUGGACAUUGCUCUUUUCCUCUCGUCGCCAACUCUACCUCGCCUCGGGCCCAUCUCAGAGUGCCUUGUCGUUCGCACCCCACUCGCAUCUUGUGUCCACACAGGUGGCUGGUCACUCCACUACAUUGCCCUCCCCAUCUCUCCAUCUCUCCUCAAUCACACAUCUCCCACCCUCCGAUCUCACAUUCACUGCAUCGACGAUGUCGUCCCUCGUCUCUGCACGCGCAACGCCCACGGGAUCACCACAGGUCAAGAUGUCAUCUCGUCCAAGGUCGGCCAUCACUCCUAGAGUCUUGGGCACUACCCGAGCCGCGCUGGGCUCGCACAACGACAACCUUCCCGACUCUCCCUCCUCUAUGCUCAGCCCCGCGCCGGAUCGCCCCAAGAUAAAGGUCAAGGCCCCCACCACCCCCGAGGCCAGGCCACGGGUGCUCGUCAAGCCGAAACCUGCGUCGGGGCUUGGGUCAUCGAACGGGCCGUCAAAGGGGCGACCUAUCCCAUUUCCCAUUGACACCAAGGAUGUGUGGACCAACGAGUCCAACCACACUGCCAACGUGCUACAGAACCUGGAGCCGACCCCAAGCCUUGCAAAGAGCGAGCGUGUCCUCGUGUCUAUCCGUGUGCGGCCGCCCUCGGAGGCUGAGCUUCGACAAAGCUCUCAGAUCGCAUGGGUCACCCCAGCAUACGACCUACGCAUGAUCAAGCCCGCAGUAGUGCGCGACGCCGCCCGCGACAAGAAGGAGUGGUUCUUUGACCGUAUUAUCGAUCCUGAGACUGAUAACGCGCGCACGUACGCGACGGCGGCCCGAGCGCACGUCCUUUCUGCUAUGGAGGGCUACAAUGCCGUCAUCUUCGCAUACGGACAGACGGCGUCGGGCAAGACAUUCACUCUGACGGGCGCUCCGCACAGCCCCGGCAUUAUUCCGCUUGCCAUUGCCGACCUCUUCCAGCAGAUCCGCGCCUCCCCUGACCGUGAAUGGCUCCUCCGCGCCUCGUACCUCGAGCUGUACAAUGAGACGAUCAUCGACCUUCUCUCACCUGACGGCCGGGAGCUCACUCUCAGCGAAGGCCGGCGCAAGGGCGAGGUUGUCAUCAACGGUCUUACGGAGUGCGGUGUGCGCACAGAAGACGAGGUGCGCAGACUUCUGCGCAUGGGCGAGGAGCGUCGCAAAGUCGGCGGCACCGACUGGAACGCACGCUCGUCCCGUUCUCACUGUGUGUUCAGAAUGACUAUUGAGUCGCGUACGGGCAUGGACGGAUCCAAGACGCCGGGCCGCGACAAGGCGACCCGCAUCAGCACUCUGUCGAUCAUCGACCUGGCGGGUUCGGAGAAGCACACUAGCUCCAAAGAGCGCAAUGUCGAGGGCAGGCACAUCAACCAGUCGCUGCUCACGCUGAAGCUGGUCAUCUCGAAGCUUGCAGACAUGGCGUCUAACCGCGACGUCAAGCACGUCCCCUACCGCGACAGCAAGCUCACUCGUCUGCUGCAACCAUCGCUCUCGGGCGACGCUCUAAUCUCUGUCAUCUGCACGAUCUCGCCUGCCGUUAUCAACAUGGCUGAGUCUAAUUCCACCCUCAACUUUGCCCAAGGCCUCAAACGCGUCAUGCUCUCGGCGCAGCGCAAGGAGGUUGUAGACCCCGAGGCACUCAUUCAACAGUACCAGAACGAGAUCGCCGACCUCAAAUCACAGUUGCGCGAGAGGGAGUUUGACAACCCCUCCAUGUCCAGCAAGAGCGACAACGCCAAGAGCCAGGAGAUGUCAUCGCGUCUCAACGAGCUGAUGAGCUUGAUUCUGACCUCGUCCUCUGUCGACAAUCUGGCCGUGCCCGGCACUCCCGCCGCACGACCUCUCAGCCCUGCCAAGUUGAAGUACCAUGUCGAUAUGGCGCAACCGGAGGCCAUCCUCCGCGAGCAGCUGCAUGAGGCGGAGUUGAAGGCCCAAGAACAGGCUGAGGAGAUCGAGCGACUGAAGGCUGCUCUGGACGCCCGGCCUGUGGAGCCCAACGCCAAAAUUCUCGAACUACAAGAGGAGGUCAGUCAGCUGCGGAUGAUUGCGGCCGACUACGAGCGACACCUGCGCGAACCGUCGCGCAAGGUCAAGCAAGAUGUCGAGCGCGAGUGGACAGACAAGUACCAGCGGCUCGAGGAGAAGAUGCGCGUGAAGACGGUGUAUGCGCUGCGUCUCGACGAGAACUGCCGCAUGCUCACGGAGAGCAACAAGAACAUGGCGAUGCGUUGCAACGUGGCCGAGGCCAAGGUCAAUGCCAUUAUCCAGUGGAUCUCGGAAGCGCUAAAAGGAGAAGGGGAAGGAGAGGACGACGACUUGCCCACGCUGGACUCUGAGGCUUUCCCCAAAGCCGCGCGGGAGAGUCUCGACGCCGACUUUGGGCCGAAGGUCACUCGUCUCAGCAAGCUCAGCAUGAGCAUGCGUGGGAGCAACCGCGACUUGCAAUCGGAGUUCUCCAAGUUCCGCGGCUCUCUCGGCGGUAUGGGCUCGCUUGGCCCAGCCCCACCUCGGAGCGGCGGUCUUUUCCGUGACGACAGUGCGCCAUCGUUCUUAGCGACGGUCGACGACGACGACUUCUUGUUCUAGUGCCAGCCUAAUUGUGUAAUGAGGUCGAUUGUACGUUACAGUGUGCAUGCAUAUACAGUUGAAGCCGGAUCUACGCCUUCUUCUGCGAUAGCUCGACGGCGACCUUGAAUGCGCCAAGCAAUGCCGAAAGCUGCAUCUUCUCUGAGCCACCGAGAGACAAGCGAUGUCUGCGUCAGCGCAUCCGGCGCAGGGAACGUACUCUGCUUGCCCGAGAUGGUCGAGGAGGUACACUCGCGACUGAACGGGCAGCUCAACUGUCUCUAGGAAGUCGUAAGCGCCCGCAAUGAGGUCUUGCAGUGCGAGACCCUUCUCGGCCUUGAGAGCCGUGAUGCCUUCUGUUAGCGAGUGCUGCAGCAGUAACUCACGGGAGAAUGCUGUCCCAAACUCGUCAGACAUCAUGCUCUCUACAACCGCCCUGAUGUCCUCUGGGUGGGGGUUGCCCGUGCAGUUGUACACAG